GGCCUUGUCCAGAUUCGCUUUCUGUUCAGCAACAAGACUAUUCCGAUCCAUCUGCAUCUCUUCGUUUUUGGUCGAUCUCGCGGAAAGUUGACCCUCGCGAGCCCACCAUGGCUCCCAUCAACGGAUCCCGCAAUGGAAAACCCUCGAAAGCCCCCCAGCGGGCCGGCAAUCUGAAGCGCAAGCGUGUCCAAGACGACUUGUCCACCCUCGUGCAGAAGGUCGAAGAACUCGAUGUCAAAGAAGCCGUCAAACAAUUUUCCGAUCUACCCUUGUCCGAAUCGACUGCCUCUGGACUUUCAUCGUCCCACUACAAGACGUUGACGGAUAUUCAGUCCCGUGCGAUCAGCCAUGCGCUCAAGGGUCGGGAUAUUCUCGGUGCCGCAAAGACAGGAAGCGGCAAGACGCUGGCCUUCCUGAUCCCCAUAUUGGAGAACCUAUACCGCAAGCAAUGGUCGGAGCACGAUGGUUUGGGCGCCCUCGUUCUCUCGCCCACCCGUGAGCUUGCUAUCCAGAUCUUCGAAGUUCUUCGCAAAAUCGGUCGCUAUCAUACAUUCUCCGCGGGUCUGGUUAUUGGUGGAAAGAGUCUGCGCGAGGAGCAGGAUAGGCUGGGACGGAUGAACAUUUUGGUGUGUACACCGGGUCGUAUGCUGCAACACUUGGAUCAGACCUCUUUCUUCGAAACCAACAACUUGCAGAUGCUUGUGUUGGACGAGGCCGAUCGCAUCUUGGAUAUGGGCUUUCAGAAGACCGUGGACGCCAUCAUCGGUCAUCUCCCGCAAGAGCGCCAGACGUUGCUUUUCAGUGCUACCCAGACAAAGAAGGUGUCGGACCUGGCACGGUUGAGCUUGCAGGAUCCUCAGUAUGUGGCUGUCCACGAAUCGGCCUCUUCUGCAACACCGUCUAAGCUGCAGCAACACUACGUUGUCACGCCACUUGCGCAGAAACUUGAUGUUUUGUGGAGUUUUAUCCGGAGCAAUUUGAAGUCCAAGACCAUUGUGUUCCUUUCAUCAGGCAAGCAAGUGCGCUUUGUCUACGAAUCUUUCCGACACAUGCAGCCCGGUAUUCCGCUGAUGCACCUCCACGGUAGACAGAAGCAGGGUGGAAGACUCGACAUCACUACCAAAUUCUCACAGGCUCAACACGCCGUUUUGUUCGCCACUGAUGUUGCUGCGCGUGGUCUGGAUUUCCCGGCCGUUGACUGGGUUAUCCAACUUGACUGUCCUGAAGAUGCCGAUACUUAUAUCCACCGUGUGGGUCGUACGGCAAGAUACGAACGUGAUGGUCGCGCCGUGCUAUUCCUGGACCCCAGUGAAGAGAAGGGUAUGCUGAAGCGCCUCGAGCAGAAGAAGGUCCAAGUUGAGCGGAUCAAUAUCAAAGCCAACAAGCAGCAGAGUGUCAAGGAUCAGCUACAGAACAUGUGCUUCAAGGAUCCCGAGUUGAAGUAUCUCGGCCAGAAAGCCUUCAUCUCUUACGCCAAAUCGGUGUACGUCCAGAAAGACAAGGAGAUUUUCAACAUCAAGGAGCUGAAGCUGGACGACUUUGCGGCCAGUCUGGGUCUUCCGGGUGCGCCCCGCAUCAAGUUUAUCAAGGGUGAUGAUACCAAGGAGCGGAAGAACGCGUCGCGGGCUACGGCGCACGCUUCCAGCGAUGACGAGUCUGACGAGGAAGGCGGCGAGAAGAAGGCGAAGAAGGAAGAGCCACAGGUGCGGACGAAGUAUGACCGCAUGUUUGAGCGGCGGAACCAGGAUGUGUUGGCCGACCACUACCACAAGCUUAUCAAUGACGACGGCACGAUGGUCGAGUCGAUUCAGGCCACAGAGGAUGCGGAUGAAGACGACGACUUCCUCUCCGUCAAGCGUCGCUAUGAGGCAGGAGACAAGGACCUUGAUGUUGGAGGAUCUAGCUCGGAGGAUGAGGACGAGGGCAAGAAGGAUGGGUCAAAGAAGACGAAGGUGGUACAACUCGAUGGCAAGGAAGCACUGGUCAUCGAUUCCAAGCGCCGCGAGAAGCUGCUCAAGUCGAAGAAGAAGCUCCUCAAAUUCAAGGGCAAGGGUACGAAGCUGGUCUACGACGAUGAGGGCAAUGCUCAUGAGAUCUACGAGAUGGAGGACGAAGAGCAAUUCAAGGCCAAGGGUGACGCUAAGGAGCAGCAAGCUCGGUUCCUGGCGGAGGAAACGGAGCGCACGCGGCAGGCGGAUGUGGAGGACAAGGAGGUUGCCAAGCAGAAGAAGCGCGAGAAGAAGGAGAAGCGCAAGGCUCGCGAGCGCGAGCUGCUUGCCAUGGAAGAAGAAGGAGGGGAUUUGGUCCAGCUUCCUUCGUACCAAGACGAGGACCGCGAUAUGGACGGUGGGUUCUCCGCGUCCGAAGCGGAAGAAGAGGCACCCCGUCCGAACAAGAAAGCCAGGGUUUCGUUCGCGGACAAGUCGAGCGAGGAAGAGCCCCGGCCCAAGAAGGCCAAGAAGUCUCAAGCACCCGAGCAAAUCCAGACGUUGGAAGAUUUGGAGUCGCUGGCUGCGGGCUUGCUGGGGUGAUGGGUGUAAUGAGUGGACUGGUGGAGAAGUGGUUACGUUGUGUCAUCUUCAAU